GAAGUUUAGCACUUGGUGGGAGGGACCAUUGCAUCGUUAGCCCACACGAUGGCGUUCCAGGCGCGACAUCGAUGGAUCAUCCAAAAGAUCCACAUCGGCUUGGGCUUCCGCGACGAAGGUCAAGUGGAGGAGCUCAUGAAGACAAACGGCAUCAUGGACGCGUUGUCUGGCUUCUUCCAUCCAGCAGGUCCCACACGAAUCUUCUUCUACUACCAGCCCCGCGUGACGGACAUGGAUGAUCGGCCUUCCCUUAACAAUACAGACAACACCUCCGAAAUCUCCGAGAGCACCCCGCAUAUCGUCGCUCGAUCGCACGCACCUCCUUCCGUCGCCACGGCCGGGCGAGACGAUGCCGCCGCCCCGGUGUCAGAAUUGUUCAUCACAGACGGGUGCGAUGAACCCCUUCUCGCCCGAGCUGUGUACUUUUUGAAGAAAGUCAAACCGGCGCGGGCGCCCAUUGUCCGCAUGCGGCAGCCGCAGCAGACCGACAUGGCGGAGGACCAGACCGCGCUGGUGACGAUCAAUCCUGCGGUCGCCAACGACGGGCUGCUGGAGUUUGGCGUGUUGGACAAGUCUGUGCUAGUGACGAUGGAGACUCUGUUCUCGCAGCUGUACCUGCCGCUCUUGAACGCGCGAGACGAGUGCGAAUGGGGCCAGGCGGACGUCGAGAGCAAAAACGAGUUCCUCCACGGCAUGAAGUCGUUCUUGACAGACAUACAGGGCAGCCUCAAGACAAUGAGCGCCGGCCUGGAGCUCCGCAAGCCCGACAAGCGCUACGACGCAUCUGACUCGCGCAACUUGAACCGGUACGCGGGCGACGAGGCGGCGGUCGCUCACUUUGUCGAGUUGGUGCAAGACUGGUGUCGGCAGACCGAAGCGUAUUUGGACGACAGCGAUCAGACACGGUGGGAGUCGAGCGAGUCGGGGCCAGACACGGAGCUAGAGUACUGGAAAGGGCGGUUGCAGCGGCUCACGGGGAUCACGGAGCAGCUCAAAACGAAGGAGUGCAAGAUGGUGAUCAGCGCGCUGACGAUUGUGACCAAGCAGCACGACGUGGGGCUGGACAAACAGAGCGUGUUUGCGUUGCUCCGGCAAUGGAAACAGAUUGACAUCAACAUCACGGAAGCGACCAACGAAGCCAAAGACAACGUCAAGUACCUCGCGACGCUGGAAAAGUUUAUUGAACCGCUGUACAUUGGCACGCCGGGCGCGGUCAUCGACGCGUUGCCAGCUCUGAUGAAUGCCGUCAAGAUGAUCCACACUAUUGCGCGGUACUACAACACGACGGAGCGCAUGACCAAGUUGUUUAUGAAGGUGACCAACCAAAUGAUCGCGUUAUGUAAAGCCAGCAUCAACGGCACCCAUCCCCCCGAGUACAUUUGGAAACAAGACCCAGAAACCCUCCUCGAGAGUCUCGAGACGUGCUUGCGACUGAACGAAGCGUACCAGGAACAGUACCGGCUCACAAAAGACAAGCUGCUCACGAUGCCCAAGGGCAAGCAGUUUGACUUUAGCGAAACGCAGAUCUUUGGAAAGUUCGACCUGUUUUGCCGCCGCGUGAUUCGGCUCAUCGACAUGUUUAGCACAAUCCAUCAGUUCCAGUCCCUUGCCGACCACUCGCUCGAAGGCAUGCACGGGUUGAUUCAGACGUUUCAAACAAUCAUCGUCGAGUUCCAAGCCAACAAGCACGACUUGCUUGACUACCACAACAACAAGUUUGACCGCGACUACGUCGAAUUCAACGUCCGCAUCAGCGACUUGGAGCUGUCAUUCCAGCACUUUAUCAACCAGUCGUUCGAGAGCAUCACAAGCAUCGAGCAGUCGUUGAACCUGCUCAAGCAGUUCCAAACUAUCCUCCAACGCGAAAACCUGCGCAACGACCUCGAUUCCAAGUUCACCGUCAUCUUCCACAACUACGGGUUGGACCUAACAACCGUCCAGGAAAUCUAUGAAAAGUACCGCCACGACCCGCCCAUCGCCCGCAACUUGCCCCCCGUCGCCGGCAACAUCCUCUGGUCCCGCCAUCUCUUGCGCCGCAUCGAAGAACCCAUGCGAAAAUUUGAAAGCAAUCCCAGUGUCUUGGCGACCAAAGAUUCGAAAAAAGUCAUCAAAACGUACAACAAAGUCGCCCGAACGCUCGUGGCGUUCGAGUACUUGUGGUAUGAAGCCUGGUGUCGAUCGAUUGAGACGUCCAAGGGCGGUUUGCACGCGACGCUCAUCAUUCGACACCCCCAAACGGAUAAACUCUAUGUGAAUUUCGACAAGGAGAUUCUCCAGCUCAUUCGCGAAGCCAAGUGCUUAGAUCGCAUGGGCAUUGAAGUGCCCGACAAUGCCAAGAUGGUCAUGCUGCAAGAAGACAAGUUCAAAAUGUACUUUAACGACCUCACGUACACGUUACGCGAACACGACCGCGUGAUUUCCAAGAUCAUUCCCAUUGCCGCGGCCUUGUUGAAGCCCCAUUUGGAAGACCUCCAGGCCAAAAUUCGACCUGGGAUGGUCACAUUAACGUGGACAAGCAUGAACAUUGACGCGUACAAGAUGCAAGUGCACUUGGGGCUUCAACGACUUGAAGAACUGAUCAACAGCGUCAACGACGUGAUUGAAAACAGAGUGGAAAAGAACCUCAAGGUCGUGUCCAAGGCGGUGCUCGUGAGUUUGCCCACAGACCAAUCGUUCGCCCUGGAUGACUUUGUGCGGGCACAAGAGAAAAAUGUGACGGUGGUCACAACCAUGCUGGCGGCUAAGAACACCGAGGUGGAGAACGCCGUGGACGACGUACUCCGGUUGAUUGGCGACUUUAGUUUGGACAUGGGGGACGCGACCCCCGGCAGCCCGGCCAAGGGGGAAGGGGGUGACAACAGACUCGCCCAGGACGAACGCACCGACUGCCAAGUGACGUUUCGCAAUCAUUACAAGACUCUCAUGUACCGUGCGCUUGUGAAUUGCACCAAAACGUCGUUAAAUGCCAUCAAGAAACGCGUGUGCUCCAAGGCGGGCACGGGGUUUUUGUUUCUCGAGCGCCCCUUCUUUGAAGUGGACGUCCAGCUCAGUGUCCCGUCGGUGCGACUCAGCCCGAGCCUCGACGACAUCCAGCGAGCCAUCAAUCGCAGCGCCGUUGCCGUGCUCAAGUGCUCCAAGACUCUGUUCACGUGGGGGCAGCAAGAUUUGUUUCCUGAAUCCAGCCGCGUGACGUUCUUCGAUCGCUUGGGCUGCGACACGGAGAUUAUCAAGGUCGCGCUAUUGCUCACGGGGGCGCUCCACGGCACCAAGAACCAAGUGCACGACUACCUUGGUGCGUUUAAAAAGUACGACUGGUUGUGGAAAGAAGACAUGGAGUUUCGAUACAACCAGUUUAUCAAGCGAAACCCAACGAUCCAGGAUUUUGAAAACGAACUCAAGAACUUUAUGGUCGUGGAAGCUGAGAUCAACAGCAUUGCGCCCGUGCACAACAUCGCAGCGCUAUCGCUCAACACGAAGAACCUCAAGUUACAACUCCGCAACGAAUGCCGCCAGUGGAAAGUCCAGUACUCGGACCGCGUGCACCAGCAAGCGCGCCUGGCGCUCACGAACCUCAUGGAGUACAUGCGCGUGACCAAUACCAAGCUCAACCGGGACGUCGAGUCGUUGGAUUCGUUGCGGUAUGUGAUGAUGGUGCUCAAGGAAGUGCGGGAACGGGAGUCGUCGAUUGAGAUGGAGAUCAACCCGAUCUUGGACAUGUACGAGAUGCUCGAGCACUUUUUACCGGGGGGGUACAUGAACAAGGAAGAGAUGGACCAGAAGAGCGUGAUUCGGUCGACGUGGCGCAAACUGGUGGAAUACGCCGAGGAAGUGACCGACAACCUUAGCGACGUCCAAGGCAAGUUCAAGAAACAGCUGACAAAAGACGUCAAGGACUUCCAGGCGGACGUGCUGCAGUUCCGCACCGAGUACACGGUCAACGGUCCGAUGGUGUCAGGCAUCAAGCCCACAGAGGCGGUGGAGCGCCUCGCUCGGUUCAAAGACAGCUUGGCGUUGCGGGAUCGCAAGCUCGAAGUGUACGCGGCGGGCGAAGAGCUGUUUGGAAUGCGCCCGACAGAGUACCCCGAGCUCACGAAAACGCGAAAGGAACUGGCGCUGCUCGACCAGUUGUACGGACUGUAUAUGGACGUGGUGCAGACGAUGGAGGGGUACCGCGGCAUCUACUGGAGUGCCGUGCCGUCCAUGUUGGACGACAUGACGUCUAGCUUGAAUGUGUUUGACGAACGGUGCAAACGCAUGCCCAAAAAAUUGUGCGAGUGGGAGGCGUAUCGGUUGCUGCGCAAGGACAUCAGCGACAUGGUGGACAUGCUGCCGCUGAUCCGGGAGCUGAGCGCGGACUGCAUCAAGCUGCGCCACUGGCAGGACGUGGUCAAGCUGGCCGCGGCCCCGCUGCCCGUGGAAUCGGAAGCGUUCAAACUCAAAGACUUGUUGGACGCCAAGUUAUUGGGCCACAAGGACGACAUCGAAGCCAUCUGUGACAGUGCACACAAGCAGCUGCAGAUCGAAACUAAACUCAAAGAGAUCAAGGAGGUGUGGACUAGCGCCGCGUUUGAGUUUGGCGAGUGGAAGUCGCGGACGAUCCCCGUGCUCAAGGGCUACGGCGGCGUGAUUGAAGCACUCGAAGACGCGCAGCUGCAACUCCAAGGCAUGCUCAGCCUUCGCCACGUAUUGCCGUUCAAGGACACAGUGCAAACCAAACUGACGCAGCUGUGCGACACGUCCGACGUGCUGGAGCUGUGGAUCAAGGUACAGACGCUGUGGAUGUCGCUCGAGUCGGUGUUUACGGGCGGCGACAUUGCCAAGCAGAUGCCGAUGGAGGCGAAGAAGUUUGCGAAAAUCGACAAGGACUGGAUCAAGUUGAUGGCCAAGGCGAGCGAGACGGGGCUCGUGGUCAUGUGCUGCUCCAACGAGAUGCUCAAGUCGACCUUGCCCAUCUUGUACGGCGAGUUGGAGAAGUGCCAAAAGAGUCUGGAGGGGUACUUGGAGCAAAAGCGCAACAAAUUCCCGCGGUUCUACUUUGUCUCGAAUCCAUUUUUGCUGCAAGUGCUGUCGAAAGGGUCGGAUCCGAUGGCUGUCCAGCCGUAUUACGAGAAAAUGUUCGACUCGGUUGACCAUGUCGUGCACGAGAGUCAGGACAAGCGGCGUAUCCUCGUACUCAAGAGCUCGGUCGGGUCAGACGAAGAAAGUAUCGUCCUCAAAACCGCCGUCGUGGCCGAAGGAAACAUUGAGGACUGGCUCACGGCGCUCGAGCACGAAAUGUUCACAACGCUGAAGGCACUCGCAAGGGAAUGCGUCACGGACUGCAUAUCGCUGCCGCUGCGGGAGUUUGUCCUGAAGAGCUGUGGACAGUUUGCACUGCUGGGGAUCCAAUUGCAAUGGACUGCACAAAGCCAAGAAGCGCUCCAAAAGUGCAAAACGUCCAAGGGCGUGAUGACAGACACGAGCAAGAAGCAGGCGCAGUUGCUAUCCGAACUCAGCUCGUGGUGCCUCACCAACCUCGGCACGAAGCUGCAGCGAGUCAAAGUCGAAACGCUCAUCACGAUCCAAGUCCACCAACGCGACUGCUUUUCAGACCUCGUCCGGCUGCACAAGGACCGAAAGAUCACCGACGCCACCGACUUUGAAUGGCUUAAGCAAGCGCGCGUGUACUGGCGACCGGCGCCGGCCCACGACCGCCUUGGUCCCGAAGCCUGCAUCAUUCAAAUCUGCGAUGUCGAGUUUAAGUACGCGUACGAGUACCUCGGGUGCAAAGAACGGCUGGUAAUCACCCCCCUCACCGAUCGCGCCUACGUGACGCUGUCGCAGGCGCUCGGAAUGUACCUUGGGGGGUCUCCCACCGGUCCAGCUGGCACGGGCAAGACGGAGACAGUCAAAGACCUCGGCCGCGCGCUCGGGCUGUACGUGGUUGUGACCAACUGCACGGACCAGCAGCGGUUUCUAGAUAUGGCCAAGAUCUUCAAAGGGUUGUGCCAGGCAGGGUUCUGGGGCUGCUUUGACGAGUUCAACCGCAUCGAGUUGCCAGUGCUGAGUGUCGUGGCACAGCAAGUUCUGGCCAUCACCAACGCCAAGCGCGUGCAAGCAGCCAACUUUGUCUUUCCAGGGGACGCGGCGCCGAUUCGACUCAACAUUGACGUGGGGUACUUUAUCACGAUGAAUCCGGGGUACCAAGGGCGCCAGGAACUGCCGGAGAACCUCAAGGCGCUCUUCCGGGGGGUGGCCAUGAUGGUGCCCGAUCGAGAAAUCAUCAUAAAAGUCAAGUUGUGCUCGGUCGGGUACGACCAGUUUGCCGACCUUGCGCGCAAGUUUAAAACGUUAUACUCGCUGUGCGAAGAACAAUUGUCCAAGCAAAACCACUACGACUUUGGGCUGCGCAACAUUCUGUCGGUACUCCGAACCGCCGGCCAGACCAAGCGCGACCACUUGGACGCACCGGAGGACCUGCUUCUCAUGCGCACACUACGGGACAUGAACUUGUCCAAACUGGUGGCGCAGGACACGCCCUUGUUCCUGUCCCUUCUGCAUGACAUCUUCCCGUCUGUGGAAACCAGCGCCAGCGUGGCCAGUCCCAUGCUUCCCUUGAUCCAAGACGUCCUUUCCAAGCACCAAAAGGUGCCCACGCCGGCAUUUACACUUAAAAUCGUGCAGUUGUACGAGACGCUGCUUGUCCGGCACGGCAUUAUGGUCGUGGGGCCCGCCGGUACGGGCAAGUCCGAGAUGUUCCGGACGCUUCAGGUGGCUCUCACAUCCAGUAAGAACGUCCCCCAUCGGCAGAUUCGCAUGAACCCCAAGGCGAUCCGACCCGAGGAAAUGUUUGGCGAAACGGACAAACAGUCGGGCGAGUGGUUGGACGGGGUGUUUGCAUCCAUGUGGUCCAAGUACAACGACCGCAGUCGCCGCGACAUGUCGUGGAUCGUAUGCGAUGGACCCGUGGACGCCAUCUGGAUCGAAAACCUCAACACGGUCCUGGACGACAACAAGCUGCUCACCCUCGCAAACGGCGACCGCAUCCCCAUGACGGACAACUGCAAACUCAUGUUUGAGGUCGAGGACCUGCGCAAUGCGUCCCCCGCAACUGUCUCCCGCGCCGGCAUCAUCUACGUGAGCGAGCCGGACCUGGGCAUCCAACCGCUCAUCGAUUCGUGGCUCCUCUCUCGGCCCUCGGCGGACACUUCCGCCGCGAGUCAGCGCGAGAUUCUGCGGACGCUGUUUGGGACAUUUGUCCACGACGGACUGUUUAAAUUUCUGUCUCGGCAGUGCCGUCCAGUGCUGGCAUUUCCCCGGUGCGGCUUGGUCGAGUCGUGCUUGACGCUGCUCACGAGUGUGCUGGCCACGGCCGAGCUGAGCGACACCGAUGUAGCGGCGGAGCUCGAGCGCGCCUUUGUGUUUUCGUUGGCGUGGGCCGUAGGGGGGCUGUACGAAGCAGACGACCGCGUGAAAUUCAACGAGUACCUUGCGACCGUGUCGUCCAACUACAUCCCCAAGCAGGCCAAGACGACUGUGUUCGACUACGUGGUGAACCCGGCGUCGAUGGAUUGGGAGCGGUGGAGUCUGGACACAUGGGAGCCCCCUGUCGUAGGGGGGGGCGACAUGGACGUCACGAGCGUCACGAUUCCGACCGUGGAGACGACGCGAAGCGUGUUCUUGAUCCACCACGUCAUCGCGCAUCGCCCCGUGCUGCUCGUGGGCGGCCCGGGGACUGGCAAGUCGUCGAUAGUAACGCUGUUUUGCGACAAACACCGGACGGACGACAUGUUGAUGCGCAAGCUCAUCUUUUCCAGCGUGAGUUCCCCUGGGGGGUUUCAGCUCAUGGUGGAAGCGGAGCUGGACAAGCGCGGGGGCAAGAACUUUGGCCCGCCCCACGGCAAGAAGAUGACACUGUUUCUGGACGACUUGAGCAUGCCCGCGUGCAACGCGUGGGGCGACCAGCCGACGCUGGAAGUGGCGCGGCAGCUGAUUGAAACGAGUGGCCUUUGCUUUCUCGACAAGGACAAGCGCGGCGACUUGAAGGUCAUCGAAGAUGUCCAGUACGUCGCCGCCAUGCAGCAUGCCAAGGACGGCAAGCAGGACAUUCCGAACCGCCUCAAACGUCAGUUCUUUGCGUGGAACGUGGUCGUACCGACGAUGGACGUCGUGGACUCGAUCUACGGCCAGAUGCUCAAGUGGCGCGCGGGGUUCCCAAGAGUCGACAAGUCUGUGGCCGACAUGGCCGGCAAGUUGACGUCAGCCACGCUGCACGUGUGGGCGUUCCUCCGCAAGGUCAUGCUUCCGACGCCGCAAAAGUUCCAUUACUUGUUUACCAUGCGCGACUUGGGUCGGAUCUUCCAGGGCAUUCUGCGCGGGUUUGACGGCGUCGGCGUCGACCGCGGCCUCGUCCGGCUGUGGCGCCACGAAUGUGAGCGGCUGUUUGCGGAUCGCCUCACGACUCUGGAGGACAAGACAAGACUCAAAGACGAGCUGCACAAUACGAUGGACAACCUGCUGCUGAAACCGGUGGCCCCCAUGCCCACAAAGGAAGGCGGCAAAAACAACGGAGGUAGCGGGUUGUCUGCGUCGCAGCGCGAAGCAUCACAACCGCUACUGGUGGACAUCUCGACCGGACUGUUUGUCGAUUUUUUGCGUGACGACAAGCGCGACGACGACGGGGUGCUCGUCGAAGAAGCGCCCAAGGUGUACGAGUGCGCGGGGGCGAUCUCUACCGUCCGUGCGCGGGUCGAGCACUUGGUGGAAGUAUUCAACCGAGACAACCCGAGCCGGAAAGUGAACUUGAUCCUGUUCGACGACGCGCUGUUCCAUGUGCUGCGCAUCGUGCGGGCGCUGGGGAUGCCGAGGAGCCACAUGAUGCUCGUGGGCGUCGGCGGGUCCGGCAAGCAAAGCCUGACCAAGCUGGCCGCGGUGCUCGGUCGCAUGCAGUUGGUGCAGAUCACCCCCACCAAGGCGUACAACACGGCGUCGUUCUUGGAAGAUUGGCGGACGCUGUUCAAAUUGGCGGGGCAGUUGAACAAGGGCGUGGUGUUCCUCUGCACGGACAACGAAAUCAAAGACGAUUCGUUCCUUGAAGUCCUCAAUGGCGUGCUCUCGACGGGCGAAGUGCCCAAUUUGUUUCCAAAAGAUGAACUCAACUUUAUCGUGUCAGACCUGCGCGCGGCCAUGCUCAAAGCGCGGCCCACCGACGUCGACUCGUUUGAAAACCUCGUCAAGUUUUUUCUCGCCCGCGUCAAAACCAACCUGCACAUUGUCUUGUCCAUGUCGCCCGUGGAUCGUCGGUUCGCCGAACGUUGCCGGAAGUUUCCCGCGCUCGUGUCUGGGUGUACGUUGGACUGGUACUUGAGUUGGCCGCAGGAUGCCCUCGUGGCGGUGAGCAAGGGCUUCAUGGACGACUUCCCGCUGGAGUGCGCGCCGCAGGUCAAGGACCAACUGGUCGUACACAUGGGGCUGAUCCACGACACGGUUGUGGACGUGUGCGGCGAGUAUUUUCAAAAGCGAAGGCGCCACGUGUACCAAACGCCCAAGUCGUUCUUGUCCUACUUGGCGCUGUACAAGACCGUGUACAAAGCAAAAUUGACCGAGAUCCACCGCAGCGAAAGCAGCAUCAACACAGGGUUGCAGAAACUAGUGCAAGGCGCGGCGGAUGUUGAAAAGAUGAAGGGCAUGCUCAAGGGCGAAGAGCAAAAGCUGAUCGUUGCCGAGGCGGCGGCCAACACGAUGCUAGAGAACCUCCAAGUCAAGUCGAUGGAGGCCAAGAAAGAGAACGACAUUGUCGGCAAGAUCAAGGAACGCUGUGAGGUGGACGCGGUGUUGAUCCGGCGGGAAAAGGAAGACGCUGAAGAAGACUUGGCCAAGGCGCAGCCGUUUUUAGACGAGGCGGAGCGCGCGGUGUCUGGCAUCAAGCCGAACGAUCUGAACGAACUCAAGAAACUCGCCAAGCCCGGCGACAUCAUCAAGCUCAUAUUUGACUGCGUGUCGCUGCUGCAAAUGUAUCCCGUCGUCAAGGUCGAAAAGUCGCAGAUCACCAUCAACAAGAAGGCGAUGGAUUUUUUGUUGGAUUCGUACGGCAUUGCCAAGCAAGGCAUGCUGAGUGACACGCGGUUCCUCCAGCACGUGUUUCACUUUUCCAAGUUUGAAAAGGAUAACAUCAACGACGAAACCAUCGAGCUGCUCAUGCCGUACCUGGAACUGGACGGAUUCAGCGCCGUGGUCGCUAAGAACGCGUCCAAGGCCGCCGAGGGGCUGUGUACGUGGGUAAUUGCCAUGACCAAGUACCACCACGCAUCGAAGGUGGUCAAACCCAAGCUGGAGACGCUCCGUGUGGCCGAAGGGCGGCUCGAAGCCGCGCAGUUCGGUUUGCGCGCGGCGGAAGACAAGCUGUCGGCAUGCCAGACGAUUCUGGACAACCUCCAGCGCGACUUUGAAGUGCAAAUGGCUGAAAAGGCUCGUGUGGAGGAAAACGCGACCACCACCCGCAAGAAGAUGGAGCAGGCGACGGCGUUGAUUCAGGGCUUGGCGGGGGAGAAGAAGCGAUGGACGGAAGAGAGCAACCGGUUCGCGGAUCGAAAGCUCCGCCUCGUGGGGGACUGCGCGGUGGCGUGCGAGUUUGUCAGCUACUGCGGCCCGUUCAACAAGGAAUACCGCGAUAUUUUGUGCAAAUUGAAGUUUGCCAAAGACUUGCGCGACCGACAAGUGCCGGUGACGCACGACUUGGCGCUCACGACGUUCAUGGUGGACGUGGGCACGGUAACCGACUGGAACUUGGAGGGUCUGCCAUCGGACCCCCUGUCGAUUCAAAAUGGCAUCUUGGUCACUAUGAGCUCCAAGUACCCGCUGUUGAUUGACCCCCAGGGCCAAGGGCUGGCGUGGAUUCUCACGAGGGAGGCGGCGCGCAUGCCGACGACGGGCGUUUUAUCCAUCAACCACCCCAAACUGCGCGACCAGCUCGAAUUUUGCAUCAGCGAAGGAAAGGCGCUGGUUCUGGACGGCGUCGAACAGGAGCUAGAUCCGUCGAUGAACGCGGUGCUGGAGAAGAACAUUGUCGUCAAAGCCAAGAGUAAGUACAUGAUGCUGGGCGACAAGUUGUGCGAGUACAACGACCAGUUCAUGCUGUACAUGACCACGCGGCUGCCAAAUCCUCACUUUGCCCCGGAAGUGCAGGCCAAGACCAUGUUGGUAGACUUUACCGUGACCCAAGAAGGCCUGGAAGACCAGUUGUUGGCGAAAGUGAUCCAGAAGGAGCAAAAGUCGUUGGAAGAACAGCUCAUUCGCGUGCAAUUUGACGUCAACAUGAACACCAAGGCGUUGCUGGGCCUGGACGCGCUGUUGCUGGAGCGCCUCGCGUCUAACGCGGGCAACUUGCUCGACGACUUGGACUUGAUCGGUGUGUUGGCGUCCACAAAAGCCAAAGCCACCGAAGUCAACGACAAGCUCAUGGCCGCUGCCGACAUGAAGCUCGGCAUCGACGAGAAGCGGGAGCAGUAUCGGCCAGUGGCGACCCGCGGGUCGGUGCUGUACUUUUCACUCGUCGACUUUUCGCUUGUGAAUUGCAUGUACCAGUCGUCCCUGGACCAGUUUCUCACGCUGUUCAAGAAAGCCAUGGACAUUGCUGACCGCGCCAGUCUCUCGUCCAAACGGGUGCAUAACAUCCUCGAUGCCAUGACGUACCUCGUCUACCGUGCUACGAACCGUGGAUUGUACGAGAAGGACAAGCUCGCGUUCGUGAUGGUUGUGGCGCUGAAAAUUCUCGUCACGGCCGACACGCUCGACGGCGGGGACAUUGCGCUGUUCCUCAAGGCUGGCGCCACGCGGCAGCAGAAUCAUGCGUCGGAGAAGCCCAAGCCGUUUGCAUGGCUCAGUGGGCCGGCGUGGACGAACGUGCAGCAGCUGUGCCAAGACAAGCCCGAGUUUCGGAAUUUGGUCGCCGACAUUGAGCGCAACGAGGCGCCGUGGCGGCGGUGGUACGAGGACAACGAGCCGGAGAAGGUGCCGAUUCCAGACUACGAAACGCUGCUGUUCCACCCCGACGCGGCCAAUGCCAAAACCCAUUUCCUUCGUCUGUUGCUGGUCCGGUGUCUGCGCGAUGACCGGACGUUGCUGGCCGCGCAAGACUUUAUCAAGUUGGUCGACACCGUCGAGACUAAAGGGGGGAGGUUGCCGUGCAUGGGGCUGCGGUUCAUCGAGCCCGUGACGGACACGACCGACAGUGUGUGGAGCGAAAUGACCCAUGAGACCCCCGUGAUUUACCUGCUCAGUCUCGGAGCCGACCCCACCGAGUCGAUUGAGGUGCUGGCUCGUAAGAAACGGGUGAACAUUCAGUGCAUUUCCAUGGGCGAAGGGCAGGAUGUCGUCGCGUCCAAGGCCAUGGCGGCCGCGAUGCUCAAUGGCACGUGGUUGUUGCUGCAGAACUGCCACUUGGGGCUAGAUUUCAUGGAGAGUUUGCCGGAAACGUUGACCAAGGCCACGGCGCUGUCGUCACCCGAGUUCCGGCUGUUCCUCACGUCCGAGCCACACCCGUCGUUCUCGAUUGCAUUGUUGCAUCGAAGCAUCAAAGUCACCAACGAACCACCGGCGGGCCUCCGCGCGGGCAUGUUGCGGAGCUUCACGGUGCUGGUGGACCAAGACAAGCUCGAGCGAAUUGAGACAACCCAGUGGCGGACGCUGCUGUUUGCGUUGUCGUUUCUGCAUUCGAUCGUGCAGGAGCGGCGCAAGUUUGGUCCGCUGGGGUUUUCGAUUCCGUACGAGUUUAACGCGUCCGACUUGACAGCGUCCAUGGUAUUUUUGGAAAAACACUUGUAUGCUGGGUCAUUGAGCUGGCCCACAUUGCAGUACAUGAUUGCCGAAGUGCAUUAUGGCGGCCGCAUCACCGACGAGCUAGAUAGACGGCUGUUCAAGGCGUACUGCGAGGAGUGGCUCAGCCCGGGCACCCUUGCCCCGAGCUUCACGUUCAACCCGGAGGCGUUGGUCAGUCGCCUUCCUCAGGACUUCGUGUACGGCAUCCCCGACGGCUCGGACAUGGACGAAUUCCACAAAUUUCUCGGAUCGUUUCCCAAAGUGGACUCGCCCGAGAUCUUUGGCCUGCACCCAAACGCAGACUUGACGUUCCGGGUCAAAGAAGUUGGCGCACUGCUCACGACCUUGAGCGAAACGCAGCCCAAGUCGCAAUCGUCGGCUAGGGGGGGCGCGACCCGCGAAGCCGUGGUGCUGGACAAAUGCGAUGAGUUGCUGACCAAGUUGCCCAAGGAGUUUGUGGAUGAGUCCAGCUUGGAGCUUAUCCAAACAAAGCUGGGUGGAUUGCACGUUCCGUUGAAUGUGUUCUUGUGGCAGGAGCUGCAACAACUCCAAGCCGUCAUGUCGAUAGUCCGCCGCGUGUUGCUGGAAGCCCAAGCUGCUAUCAAGGGUGAGUUGGUGGUCACGCCGGAUAUUGCCACAACGAUUCACGCGAUCUUUGAUGCUAAAGUGCCGCGCUUGUGGCUGUACCGAGGCGCGGACGAGCUCUCGUGGUUCUCCCCCACGCUGGGGCUGUGGUUCACCGGGUUGCUGGAGCGCCACAAGCAGCUGGAGGGGUGGCUCGAGCGGGCCAAACCGUUUUGUUUCUGGCUACCAGGUUUUUUCAAUCCACAAGGGUUUCUCACGGCGAUGCGGCAAGAGGUGGCGAGGCAUCACGUGGCCGAUAAGUGGGCACUCGACGACGUCGUGUACCACACCGAAGUCACAGAGUACGAGAAGCUCGAGCAGAUUCGCCAACCACCGAAAGAAGGCGUGCUGGUUCACGGCUUGUUCAUUGAAGGAGCUGCGUGGCAUAAAGCCAACGCGACGCUGGUCGAGUCCGAGCCCAAGAAACUGUUUGCGCCGCUCCCGGUGCUGUACGUGACGGCCACGACCAAACUCCUCAAGAAGAACCGAAGUGGCGACUACGGCCCGUAUGGAGGCUUUGACUGCCCUGUGUACAAGUACCCCGUCCGCACUGAUCGGUACCUUCUCUUCACUGUGACCAUGCCAUCAAGGGAACAUCGGCCAGUCCAUUGGACACUACGGGGAGUCGCGUUGCUGUGCGCCACCGAAUAGGCGUGUAAUCGCGUAGCAAAUCUCAAUAGAACUUGCAACUAUCUGUAUACUAGUAAUCCUCUUGUUAUAAGACGGAGAUUACGACACGAUGUUGGGCCGCUGCACGCCACAGAGUGCACAGAACCGCAUUACGGCUGACUCGAACGAGUGGUUGCAAUUGGGACAAUGGGAAGCCAACACGGGUACGCCAACACUGGAGGCAGUGACCUUGUCAGCCUGUCCUGCGCGGUACAUCGAGUGGUAGUAAUCCAUUCGCUCGAGCUCUUCCUUGGCGUCUGCGAGACACAAUUUGACCGCUUGCACAUCUCGGAGGUGCAUCUUAUCACGGAACUUCAAGCGUGCGUAGGCACGCAUCGUCUCGCGGUGGACGUGUUGCGGACACUUGGACGCAGAUACCAGGCACGCCUUGUACACAUGCAGGACUUCGCGGCGAAGUUCAUUCAUUUGGAAGCACUUGGCAGGAUGAUG